AAGCAGGAAGUUAUCGGCUUCUUUUUCUCGCCCGGCGGCUGCUGUCCCCGAGGCGGGAGGAGCCCAGGGGGCGCGGGCCCCGCAUGAAUCAUUGGUAGUUGAUCACUUUCCAGGUCUCAGCCACUCAGUUGUGAUAAUCAGGGGACACGGUGUUGUGGCUUCGGAACUGCCAGCUCAGAAUAGGAAAAUACUUGCUCUCUCUCUAGGUGAUCCUAAUGUGCAGGCAUGCUUCAGCACUAGUGAGCUAAAAGGCUUCUAGUCCCAAAGAGGACCAAACAGGAGUCAUUAGGAGGCACUGCUGGAAGAGAGUGCUGAGGUGUGCUGGCUUGUGGCAUUUCAGGCCUCCUUGUCCCUGCUGGACCUGCAUGACUGUUGUCCUCUGCUCUACAGGGAUUUUGCAUUGGAAGACAUGGAUCUUGCUGCCAAUGAGAUCAGCAUUUAUGACAAACUUUCAGAGACUGUUGAUUUGGUGAGAAAGACAGGCCAUCAAUGUGGCAUGUCAGAGAAGGCAAUUGAAAAGUUUGUCAGACAGCUGCUGGAAAAGAAUGAACCUCAGAGGGGCCCACCCCAGUAUCCUCUCCUUAUAGCUGUGUAUAAGAUCCUCGCAACCCUGGGAUUAAUCUUGCUCACUGCCUACUUUGUGAUUCAACCUUUCAGCCCAUUACAGCCUGAACCAGUACUUUCUGGAGCUCACACCUGGCGCUCACUCAUCCAUCACAUCCGGCUGAUGUCCUUACCCAUUACCAAGAAGUAUAUGCCAGAAAAUAAGGGAGGUCCUCUGCAUGGGGGUGAUGAAGACAGAUCAUUUCCAGAUUUUGACCCCUGGUGGACAAAUGACCGUGAGCAGAAUGAGUCGGACCCCAUCCCUGCCAACUGCACAGGUUGUGCCCAGAAAUUACCCCUCAAGGUAGUGCUCCUGGAAGAGGCCCCAAAGGAAUUUGAGAGACUCCAUCCUCUGGUGAUCAAGACGGAGCAGCCCCUGCUGUCUGAGGAGCUUCAGCAUUUUUUGUGCCAGUACCCGGAGGCCACAGAAGGCUUCACGGAAGGGUUUUUCGCCAAGUGGUGGCGCUGCUUUCCUCACCGGUGGUUCCCGUUUCCUUAUCCUUGGAGAAGACCUCUGAACAGAUCUCACGUUUUACGUGAGCUUUUUCCUGUUUUCACCUACCUCCCAUUUCCAAAAGAUGCAUCCUUGAAAAAGUGCUUCCUUCUUCAACCAGAACCUAUUGUGGGGAGUAAGAUGCACAGGAUGCACGACCUGUUCACCGUUGGCAGCGGUGAGGCCAUGCUGCAGCUCAUCCCGCCCUUCCAGUGCCGGCGACACUGCCACUCCGUGGCGAUGCCCCUGGAGCCGGGCGAUAUUGGCUAUGCUGCUGCCGCCCACUGGAAGGUCUACAUUAUAGCCAGAGGUGUCCAGCCUCUGAUCACCUGCGAUGCAACCACCCUGUCAGAACAAUAGGAAACAACUGUGUAGAGGAACAGCUUGGGGAGCUGAAGACCAGACUGAAAGACGGAAAUAAUUAAAAAAAAAAAAAAUGAAACCACUUUCCAGGGGUCGUUACUUGGUUCCCCGCCCCGUGCAUGCGAAUGUGAGCCAGCUUUGAGCCAGGCUGAGGGCCGGAGCCCGGCCCUUCGGCUGCUCAGCCAGGACUUGGCCAGUACCUGUCUGUGAGAGACUGAGCGCCUCCAGGUCUUCUGGCCCCGCAGGCUUGAGGAUGUGCUUCAGGCAAGGAACAGAGUGGUGCCUUCCCUCACGUGCACGGCCUGGCCCCCUCUGCUGCCCCUGGCCACGGAGAAGGCAGCCAGCGUCUGACCGGCACCAUCCUUCGGCAGGUGGGCCUGCGUGUCCCGUCUUCCUGGCCACACCACCCUGUGCUUUUCCAGGAAAGCCAUGGCUGAUUGAAGAAGGCCUUUCUGUUUACCAAGCAGAAUGGAAUCUAGAACCACUGAAAAAAGAUCAAAUAACCUCAAAUUGCACUCAAGAACUGAACUUCUUUCCCAGCAUCUGUGGCUCGUGGAGUAUCAGUGAUGCCAGGCUGGAGCCUGCUUGUAAUUGAAAUGGUUACUCCUAAGUAAUACUUUUCUCCACUUUGUCUUUUGUUCUCCCCACCGCCCCCGCUCCUUCCCUUCUCCUGGGCUGUCUGGCUGGUUCUCAGCACUUCGGCUCCUGGCCCCUCCCUUGGCUGGGCCAGGGCCCCGUCCUGCCGAGGCAGCAGUUUCUGUCAGCUGAGUUGCUUUGACCAAGUGUCUUCAGGAGGAAUGAGCUAGAUGCUGGCUGGGGAGAGGGCACCUCCCCGGGUUUGAUCUUUAGGGUCUGACUUUCUGCAGGGAAGAUGUUUUACAGAUGUGUGGAGCUGAUGUUGUAAUGUAGUUGGGGAAGGAACUCCAGACCCCAAGCGUCUGCCAGCUGGGUGUGCAACUGUGUGAUCCUCUGUCUUAAGAUGAUCUCUCUUUUUGUAUGGAAACAAGGUGAGGUGUUUCUUUUUUGUAACAGUGCAAAGCUGUAUCCUUUUGAUUGGGUAACUCACUAUGUUCAUUGUUUCCCUUAAAUGCUUUUAGUGUGUAUUAAUCAAAUGGUGUAAAUUAGGAUGCUCUUUUUUUGUUUCCUUUCUCCCCUCUAUGAUACUGCUGGGUAUCUGGCCUCUGGUCAUGCUGACACACGAUGAAGCACACCGUGGCCGCUGCUUCCAAGGGCAGGAAGCGAACGGACGCAGGAGGUGCCUGUGUCAGGGCUGCGGGUGGGCGGGCAGUGGUGAAGGGAGCGAGUGUGACUGCCUGUGCGUCCUCUUCACCUGAGCGCUGCCCCCACCUGUCCCCAGGCCCUCUGUCUGAGCAUCUCAGCAGCAGCAGUGGGGUCCCUGGGUGCUCAAGCCGCCUGUUUGUGGGCUGGUCAAGGGCAAGCAGGGUCACAGAGCUCAGGGUGGAAACACUCGGAGCCUCCUCCGCGAGUGUGGACGCACCAAGGAUGAACCAUACCUGAGGGACUUUUUCGGUGAUGGAAUCAGCGCCUUGUGUUGAUUGACACAGGAAAGACAGAACUUCUGUACAUAUAAGUCAUGCUUGCUAAGCAGUUAUGCUUUAGGAUGUUUUAGAUCAGAGGGAUCAUGUAGCGGCCAGCUUUGUGCAGGCUUUUCAAGCCCUCGCAGGUCCUUCUCCCUGCCCACGUGGGAGGGAAGAAGGAUGCGUUUUCCUCACGGAGGCCCUUUGGGUGAAGAAGAGAGGCUUCCUUAAGAGCAAAGCAACUGUUUUUAAUGAGUGAGAUUUCUGUUUCCUUUUAUGAAUUACCCUGUGUCCCUUCCCCAUUUUACUCCUGCUCUUCUCACCUUUAAUGUUCAAAAAAUACCACUUCAGUUCAAAACCGAAAACUAAGCACCUUGCUCGUGCUGGUGUUCCGGGGCAUGCCCUGGGGAGUCCUCGCAGCCCCAGCUGUCCACGGUUCACCCAGAGUGGUGUGGCUGCUCGGAGAGCCUUGUGCAUGCGCUCCUUCGACCCAAGUCUGCCCAGUUCAGAACCGAGUGUAGAUUUAUGUUAGAGGAGAAAUUCUCCAGAAAGGGUUUUCUGUGCUAAUUACUGAGUGCAGUACAUAGAAAUAAUUUGCCUUCUUCUGAAGGUGACUAGUAACCUGAUUUUACCCCUCACCAGCCCUGCAGGAGUGGCCUGGGCGCAGGCCUGCCUCUUUCUGGUUCUCCGAGACUUGUGCUCCCCUCACUCUCAGCUCCUCCGAGGAAGCAGCGCAGGCCUCUGUGUGACCCGGGCCGGGAAAGGGUCACCUAGUGAGGAAGCAGUGUUGGGGGAUGAUGGGCCCCCUAACCAACCCCCACCUCCACCACCACAGUAAGGACGAAACCACAGGCCGCUAAGAAGAGGGACUUGCCCAUGCGCUUGUUGGGUGUUUACAAAGAGGUGACGUGACCUCCACACACGAGUUAGGUUCACUUCCUUAUAGGUUCCCAGAGCACAGACGUGUGUCCCCAGAAAUCCGCGCUCGGGGCAGAAAGGCUCCUCUGGCACCAGCACGAAGUGUUUGUGUCCAAGUGGCCUGAGGUCUCGGGUUGGUUAUUAGACAGGACACCUCUUCUGGCUUAUCUUUUCCCCACCUCCAUUUCUCUCAGGGAAGGGACAGAGUAAUAUAAUAGUGGUUUAUGAAAACUACCUAUUUGGCAACAUAUAAAUAAUCUAUGAAACAGGCAGACUUGGGCUCAUUUUUUUCAGAGAAAGGAACAGUGCCCAUGGUCUCUCCAUCUUCACUGAGUCCUGUGAGGUAGACAUUAGAUCCUCAUUGUACAAGGAAAGCAGCCAGGGCGUAGGACGUGUGUGCCGGUGGCCAGCAGUGGGCUCUGUGGCAGUGUUUCCUGCCUCAGCACGGUGCCCAGCACGGAGGGGCACCCUGGACUUGGUGAGUCCCACGGGUAGGAGAACCCAGGACAGGGUCAGCAAGCCAGGAACUCUUCAGGGUUUGUGUUUUAAAACUGUUUUGGACAGAAAUGGAGGAGAGAAUCUAACCAGAUGACUUUUAUAAAAAGGCUUUCACUUUUUCCUCCCCAUUUGAAAACUCUGAGUGUGUCUGGAACACGGCUGUCCAGCCAUUUUCCCGGCACUCCACGUUUCCAGAUGUGUGGCCAGAAGAGGGACUCUGCCCAGUUCCAGUUGUGGGUCCCCUUGGAGUUUACAUCACUUGUUUUUCAGUUCUCAGUUUUUCAUUCCUUUCUUCCAAAAUCCAGCCUAGGCUCCAGUGUAGGGACAGUAACUUGGACAGAAUCUCAAGUUCCUGAGCUGCAGGUGAAGGCCUUCGUCAUACUACUAAGUCUCGAUGAGUUUGCUCAUUAACCGGUGGCUUCCAGAGUGAGCCCUGGACACCCACAGCAGAUGCCCUUCUCAUCUGACCCUUGCCCUGCAAGAGAAGCCACAUUUUAGGGAGAAAGGGGAGAGUUGCAUGUCUGGUUGCGUGGACAGAGGCGAUCUUGCCUACCUUUGUGACCUCGUUAGUAAACGGGUCUUUUAGGCUUUGAGUUCUAGUGAUGGAGGAGAAAUUCUUCUGCCUUCACAACUUCCACAUUCACUAACUUCAGUGGCGACCCAUUACCCACUAACCCACUGACAGGGGGAAUGCCAGAGAUGUGCUUUGAAAGGGUGAGUUAGGUUGAGGUCCCUCCACGUUUGGACCUGCACAUACAGUGUCCAGAGCCGACGCGUGUCAGGGUCAGGAGACCGGGCAGGCAAGGUCGUACGAUGAAUGCCCCACGGCAAUGGAAAGUGGGCGGCUCUGGGGGUGUGCUGUGUCACCUUGGCAUGCGUGUCCCUGGCCGCCUCACCCCCCACCUCAGAGACAGACAGGGGCCUCCUUCCGUGCACCAUGUCCGAGCCUGCCCUCCCAGACACCGUGUGAUUAAGUGCUGGCCGUGGCGGGAAACCCUCCAGCCACUGUCUGUCGUCCAGGUCCCUUAGUAUCCAGUUUCGCUAUCCUGCAUAAUUUAAGCAUUAGAGCUAAAUGCAUCUGUCAUUUCCCUUUCUCUGGAGACAUGGAAAGUCCAGACCUUUCCCGAGGCGGAGAGAAGAAAUGUUAUGUAACUGCCGGCCGAGGCUGGAACUGUCCAGACACGGGGCUGACCUGGAGGCUGUUCCUCCCGCACUUGUCACCAGUCCCGGGUCACCGGUCCAGGACUGAGCCCUGGCUGCACGCCCUGGCGGAGGAGACGGGAAACCGGUUUAGUUUUCAGUGUCAGACAGAAAUUGGGCAGUGGGGACAGGUUUCAUGAACCUCCUUUCUCCUCACACCUCAGCAGGUAGAUGAGGUCAUCCCGGGAGGCCCUGGAACUCAGCCCAGCAGUGUCCCAGCCUUCACACCGGCCCCUCUGCGCUCGUGACGGUUCAGAAACAAACCAUCACUGGUCUGAGGACUGAGGGCAGGAUCAGACACGUGGCCUUUCCGAGGGAACCCCCAGUCUCACCACAGGCAUCGUGCCCUCCAAACUUCUGUCUGCGGUCUCUUCCUCCUCCCUCCCUCCUGCAGGAGGCCAGUGCGGGCGGGAGAGGGCAGGGGAGGCGGCGGUCAGCCAGGAACUCCACUCGGCCUCUUCCCUAACCUCUCAUCUCAGACAGGAGCUGGCAGCGGCCAGGGCAGUGGGCCGGGGUGGCGCCUGGCACAGGACAGACACCUGCGCCGGCCACUGUGCUCUGAUAGUCUGAACUUAUGUGUGUUCAGUGCAGAAUGUUGACCGUAACUUAAUGUACUGCGAACUUGUAAGACUUCCGCCAUGUAAAGAAUGUAUGUAAAUUAAAGUUUUAUGUAACAAAAGUUUUUACUUUUUUGCAAUUAAAAGUGUGUAUGUUGGUUGAUAA